AUGAGCAGACAGCCGGUCAUGACGGGCUAUCAUGCUCAGCGACAACAUCACCUCUCGCAGCAGACGCAUCCACACCACUAUCGCAUCCCGGUCACAAGCCACUAUGACGGCGGAGGAGGUGUGGGCAUGGGUAUGGGCAUGGGAGUGGGAGUGGGAGUGGGCGUGGGUGUAGGCGUGGGCGUGGGCCAUUCAGGACUGGCCUUUGCGCGGCCGCUACCAAUGCGCGCCCCGGUCCUCCCUCCCGCGGCCUUUAACCAACACACUGGCCAACACCACCACCAACACCACCAUCCACUUCAGCAACAGCAGCAACAGCAGCAGCAGCAGCAGCAGCAGCAACAGCAGCAGCAACGGCAACAGCAACAACAACAACAGCAGCAUCAACAACAGCAGCAACAGCAACAGCAACAGCCGCAACAACAACACGGCCGCACGCCAAACUUCAACAUGGCCGACCCCGCCGCCUACAUGGCUUCUGAAGAGGAGCUCGCCCACUUGCAGAAGCUAUCGAGCGAGUACCAGCCCGAAACCGAGUCAUGUGCAUACCUGCUGACGACGACCGCCAAACUCCAGGGCCCGCUUGUCGGCGAGCGCCAGAGCAGUGCAGCCAUCACGACACAGUAUGCCACUGCAGAUGCCGUCUUCAGAGUCAAGACGGCCGCGCUGCCCACCAAGUAUGCUUACUUCCGCACCUGUCGCGGUGACGGCCAUUGUGGAUGGCGAGCCAUCGCCUUCACCUACUUCGAGGCCCUCAUCCGCACAGGAGACGCCGACAAGUUCCAGGAUGAAGAAGCCCGCCUCAACUCAAUGGGCAAUCUGCUCGAGCAGAUUGGCUAUGUGCGCGACAUCUGGAUCGACUUUGCUGACUCGGCCUUUGAGCUCCUACGCACACUGGCCAACUCGCUGCGCAACAUGGACGGCGCGGCUUCCGACAUUUUACUCCAGGCUUUCAACGACCAGCAGGCUCAUGCUGGUAUCGAGUCGAUUGCCAUCAUCACCUACUUCAAGGCAAGUCUUUCCUCACGUGGCCCCUUGCUCCCCUUUCCGCUGCCGAAUGGCCGACUGGCCUGGCCCCCUCUCCCCUUUCCUGCGUGGGUGCAGACACAUGCGGAUGAUUUCCGACACUUUGUCCCCAUGGGCGAUGUCAAGGCUUACUGCAGCAACAACAUCGAUCCUCUGCAGAGCGAAAUCGACAACAUUGGCAUCGCUGCUUUGGCAGAGGCCCUUGUCAAGCCUGCAGGCUUUGGUCUAGAGAUUUGGUACCUCGACCGCUCCCCUGGCGAGGAAAUCAAUCGCAGCUUCUACGCGGAGCCUCUUGACCACAACAACAUGUCAGAUCCCAAUGCCCACAUGCUGAGGCUCCUCUACCGACCUGGGCACUACGACAUUCUCUACAAGGCAGAAGACGUCGCCCAGCCAAUCCAACACCAGCCAACGCUGGCACAGCAGCCACUCCACGUCGCCAUGGCAAGCUACACAGAUGAGUUCGUGCCAACAGCAUCCAACGUGGCCGACGUCAUGACGAUGAUACCGGGAAUGUACUCUGCUGGCCUCGGCUCAAGAUGGCCCUCGCUCUCGUACGACUUCAAUUCGAGCCCCGCACCCCAAUCGCAUGUCACGCCCGUCCAGUCAUUCGCCCCUGUUGCGACGCCCGCCACCCCCGUAAGCUCCUCGCAUCUGGAGUUUGUUACCUCGAUCCAUCCCACAUCAGCGAGCCAGUACGACACACCAAGCGUGCACAGCAUCCAUCUCGACCAGCCUCCUAUGUCUCUGCCGAUGCACCCGCCUCCCCCGCCUGUGAGCAUCGAGCGAGCAGCUCCAUUGGCAGUAGAGAGAGGUGGUCCCUUCCGACCCUCCAUGUACGAGUUGGAACCAGGCUUUGGCUCUUCCAUGCAGGUCCAGCCGUUUCAAACGUCCAUUUUUCGCAACUCUCACUACAACACCGCACAUUUCUUGAAUCCAGAGUUUCAGCCGGAGGAGUGGUGUCCGGAUGGAGAGUAUGCUGGCAACAAGGGCCGGCACAAGUCGCACUCCGCAUAG